GAGAAAGCAACAAUGGCGAUUUUAGGGCUCUCAAAUCCAGCAGAAUUAGCUUCUUCUCCGUCUUCUUCCUUAGCUUUUUCUCAUAGGUUGCAUUCUUCCUUCAUUCCUAAACAAUGCUUCUUCACCGGUGUUCGCCGGAAAAGUUUUUGCCGGCCUCAACGUUUCAGCAUUUCAAGUUCAUUCACUCCGAUGGAUUCUGCUAAAAUUAAGGUCGUCGGCGUCGGUGGAGGUGGAAACAAUGCCGUUAACCGUAUGAUUGGUAGUGGUUUACAGGGUGUUGACUUCUAUGCUAUAAACACGGAUGCUCAAGCACUGGUACAGUCUGCUGCCGAGAACCCACUUCAAAUUGGAGAACUUCUGACUCGUGGGCUUGGUACUGGUGGCAAUCCUCUUUUAGGGGAACAGGCAGCAGAGGAGUCAAAGGAAGCUAUUGCAAAUUCUCUGAAAGGUUCAGAUAUGGUUUUCAUAACAGCAGGAAUGGGUGGAGGUACAGGAUCUGGUGCGGCUCCUGUUGUGGCUCAAAUAGCAAAAGAAGCAGGUUAUUUGACUGUUGGUGUUGUUACAUAUCCAUUCAGCUUUGAAGGACGUAAAAGAUCUGUGCAGGCUCUGGAAGCAAUUGAAAAACUUCAGAGAAAUGUUGACACACUUAUAGUAAUUCCCAAUGAUCGUCUGCUAGAUAUUGCCGAUGAGCAGACACCACUUCAAGAUGCUUUUCUUCUUGCGGAUGAUGUAUUACGUCAAGGUGUCCAAGGAAUAUCUGAUAUAAUCACUAUUCCUGGGCUUGUGAAUGUGGAUUUUGCCGAUGUAAAGGCAGUGAUGAAAGACUCUGGAACUGCAAUGCUCGGAGUGGGUGUUUCAUCAAGUAAGAACCGAGCUGAAGAAGCAGCCGAACAAGCAACUCUGGCCCCUCUAAUUGGGUCGUCAAUUCAAUCUGCAACUGGGGUAGUAUAUAACAUUACAGGAGGAAAAGACAUAACUUUGCAAGAAGUGAAUAGGGUGUCCCAGGUUGUUACCAGUCUAGCUGAUCCCUCUGCUAACAUCAUAUUUGGUGCUGUUGUUGAUGAGCGUUACAAUGGUGAAAUACACGUGACAAUAAUUGCAACUGGUUUCACCCAGUCGUUUCAGAAGACACUUCUAUCUGAUCCACGGGGAGCAAAGCUAAUCGAGAAGGGGGCAGGAAUCAAAGAAAACAUGGCAUCACCUGUUACCCUGAGAUCAUCAAACACACCUUCAACAACCUCACGGACACCUACUCGAAGGCUGUUCUUUUAGCUCCUUCAUAUUGUUUUAUUUUACAGCUUCAUUACUCUCCUUUUUAGUUUCUUCCUUUGUAGUUAACAUGUUUUGCUGAAGGGAAACUGAUUGG